AUGUACCAAUCCAAGCGACAGCUGAGCGCCCAACUUAUAAAGGAUCCCCUCCGGCCAAUGGAAGAUAUCCGCAUGGCGUUUCAGCUGCACUGGGAGCAUCAAGGUAUCUGGAAGAACGAGGGGACCUUGAACAACGGGCCUCUUGGGCUGUGGCAGCAAGAGGCGACUGCUGGCAGUGAGAGCGAGGAUGCUCCGCAGGGUGCGCAGAAUGACCCUAACAACGCCUCGUUGCCCGCCGGUUCGUUUAUUUUCCUCCGUGCGGCUGGCUUUGGAGCCUCGCGACCCUUGACUGGGGCCGUCCUUAAAACUGCAAACGAUGCCUCCUCGCGACGUUUCACCUAG